UUAAGCUUGGCUAAGGGCUGUUUUCAAAUAGGUUCUUCUGAUCAGCCGCGGAGGAGGAUGAGCGAUGGAAAUCCGCCAAGUUUCAGGUGCAAUUUGGACAGAUGUGAGGCCAUCAGCAUUCGACAGCUGAGGCUUUACAGUUUUUUCAAGGCAGUGAAAUUGGAGCAGCUUCAAAAAAUGGCCGCCUGGUGAAAAGUUUUUCCCCUCUUCGACUGCAGUUCGGUGCCAGUUUGAGAGCAACAUCCAGAUGAAGACUUGCUACUACCACCGUGAACAAUAAUGCUGAACUCCUAGAAAAGGCCUUUGUCGUACGUGGGAGGCUACGCUGGACUGAACCGGACCUGUUCUGUCACUGCAAGGAGGCUUCCAGCCAAGAAGCGGCGCCUUUACACAAAGUGGACAUAUUGAAUGUUAGCAGGAAGGAGCAGCGCACAAAAAGCCCGUCAUCAUCCGAGCAGACGACUGUCGAAGGAAAACAUUUGGACACCGGCGUUCUAACACGAGAUCUUCUUUUUACUCCUCCCUGGGGGACUCCAUUAUUCCAUCAUCCCUUCCUCCAAGGUGACAUCCAGGACUUUCGACCAGUGCGGCUUCGGUAAUGUAAUUAACCGUCAAAGUGAGACGUCCUAAAGGUGACAUGCUACGACAAACUUCAUCACACGGCAGCCUUAAGGCCUCCCCCUCGCCCCGCAAUCAAAUGGGGCUAUGUCGACGUCAAAUUACACAGAUUACAAGUGUAAUCGCUGCCCGUCCGGCGGCUGUCAAUCAGCUGGCGGUGGUAAAAGUGUGUCAUCAGGUGGUCCGAGCUCGGCUAAGUUGUGAGAGGGCGAAUGAAGUGAAGCAGGGACGGUUUAAUUAAAACUGUGACAUUGUAUCAUAAAAACCAGAAACCUAAUCGUGAUGGAAUAAGUAUAAUGUAAUUAUCAAGCCGGUUAUAAAUAGCUUUAAUUUCAUGCUUUGUGGAAAUGAAAUGGAAAUGGCAUGGAGGGGAGGUGGCCAUAUGCGUAGUAUGCGUGAGUGUGUGUGUGCACGAGGAGGUAGUUUACCGAGCUUGUCGCCACCCUUCUGCCAAGUGCCAAGAGACAGGAGCCAAAUCCAAUUUCUCCUCUCCAGGUCACACGUCUGUCCACUCAGCCAUCCUUCAAACUUCUCUCUAUUUGUCACCCUGCUCAUUAUUAUCCACCCUGCUACAUUAUCUGAUGUGACUCCAAUAAAAAAAAAAAAAAAAAAAGGCUGGGUGGGUUGUAAGGAGACACCUGACAGGCCCCAAAAAAAGGCCCGAGAGUUUGUCAUCUUCCCUUUCUCGAUGCUUGAUCAUCCUAAUGAAAUCUAAUCUGCACGCACAAACCGCAGCGAAUAUGCAAUUGGAAUCCGGUUUAUUUACAUCCUACUUCCGUAUUUGGCAAAAACAGGGAAGUGUACUUUCUCCUGGCUCGGGUGAACAGGGAAGGUGGGGACUGUUUAAAAACACCUGAAGGAACUUUAAAUGUCUACAAUGCCUUUUUUUGUAAAACACAAAAUGUCACCAGAGAGACAAAAAACAUGACAAUAUUCAAUGUUUUUUAUACAUGAAUUUAACUUUUCCAUCUGAUGUGGACGCCUUCACCACCCAGGUCGGUAUAAUACCGACAAUCAGAUACGUAUUACGUGAAGAAGAAAAUCACAAGUGCGCAGUAAGCUUCAGUAAUAUGAGACAUUCUUUGCAGAGGAUAAACAAUAUACGCCUGUGAGUAUCGUUACAUGCUCUUUCUGUGUAUAUUGUUGCACCGUUUGUGUUCAAAUAUCCGAUCCAAAAGGGGCUCCAACACCGCAACGCAGAUGCUAUUCGUUAGCCUGUCAUCUGUGUUUUGCAUUGUUAGCAUUCAGCUCAACAGAGUCUUAGCACUUUUAUAUUAAGGCACUACCGUACGAGUGUUUUUAAAAGAUAUUGAAACAUGUUCAUCUUUUUUUUAUUGCUUUUAAAUAGAAGUCGCAUAGUCACAUCUUCUUGUCUCAAAAAUAACAGAAAAACAGCAAAGACUGAGACGAGCGAGGCUCAAACAGCAUGACUGAUUAGCUUGUUGGAAGGAGCGAGGAAAGAAUUUAUAAGGAGGGUUCACAGGUGCGAGGGGUGAAAACCCAGGCGCCUGAGAGCCUAAUGAUCUGAGGGGUCCUUGAAGUAAUCCACGGGGAGCCCCAAUAAAUGCAGGACCACACCAAGAGAAAACAUGGCGCUCGCGCUGAGCGCUGAAGAAGACGAUGUUUUUCCACUCGCACCCCAAACAAUAAAAGCGCUUGACGAGUGGCUGUGAUUACGGCAUCGUGUUGAUUAGCACAAUGAUUGCAGCGGGUUCCAGUUGUAAUCCUUUAAGUAGACAAAUUGCUUAAAAUGAAGGUUAAAGCAUCAGUUGGGUCACUUAUUAGAAACCCUUUAAAAAGAGAGAAAAAGAACUGAAAAGGCUUGGGCGUGCUAAAUGGCGCCAGUGAAGAGCACCCUGCUUUUUCUUCGCACAAAGAAAAACAUUUAAAGUAUCCGGUGGAACGACGUAUGAUUAACCAGAAAUAUCUCGUAAAACGAGGAGUGACUACAAAUUUGAAAGUUUUCAAAAAGAGGAAACAAAACAUUGUGCCAACCAAUCAGAUUGCGUGACGUCAUCGAUACCGGAAGACGAAUCCCAAACCUGAAAACAGCGCCUGGAUUCAAAGUGGAGACGUUAAACCAAGGAUAAUCCUCAUCGCCGUGACCAUGAGUUUCUCUCCAUGUCCACCUGAUGCCCUGGCGGGCGACAGCAUCCAGCAGCAGAGGAACUGCUGGGAGAGGAAACGGAGCCGAGCAGCCAGAGAGUUGGUGCGGUCAGAGCAGCGUUACUGCCAACAACUGGAGCUUGUCACCACUUACUUUGUGGCGAUUUUGAAGGCCAAAGGAACCCUGAGGCAGGACAUUACAGAAAGCAUCUUCAGUUCAAUUAAAGCCAUUCACUCAGUAAACCAAUCUCUGCUGGUUCACCUGGAAAAUGGCGACUUCGGAAAGGGCUUUGACCUCUUUUGCCCUCAACUGCACCACUACAACGUCUUCGUGGACAACAUUUACGAGGCGAAAAAGGUGCUCUGGAUCCACUUGAAGAAAAACAAGGCCUUCAGGCGUUUUAAGAAACUUCAGGAAGCCCGGCCUGAGUUCCACAACCACAAGCUGGAGGACCUGCUUCAACUUCCCAUCGAACGGAUUGAGCAGUAUAAACGUCUCCUGGAGGAGAUGACUGCACAUACAAGUCCAGAUAACCCAGAGUCCCAGCAGCUUUCACGGGCAGUGGCUGCGGUGGAAGAGCUGCACCAGCGUAUCCAGAACAAUACCCGGCGCCACGAGAACCACCUGCAGCUGUGCCGGGUGCAGAAACUGCUGAAGGGGCGAAAGACGAAGGUGUUGGCUGCAGGGAGGUGGUACAUCCGCGAAGGCUGGCUGAAGGUGGUUCCUUCCAAAGGGGCCGACGUGAAACCCAAGAUGUUUUUCCUGUUUUCGGACAUGCUCCUGCAGGCCAAGCCAUGCAGUGCUCUGCAUCCCACAGACAGCGACAAGUUUGCCGGCCAGUGCGCCUACCCCUUGCGGGAGUGUUCCCUGGAAAAGGUGUUCGGCAACACCAAAGGCAAAGGUGGCCUGCUCAGUCUAACUUUUCCAAAAGCCAAACUCCUGCUUAUGUCAAGCAACCAGGAGGACUUCAAUGACUGGUACAAAAGGCUGUCCUCGGCAGUCAGGAAGCUGCAGCCCAUGUCGACGGUUGUCUUCCAGCAAAAGGAUUCGGACCAGGAACCCCUCAGUUCGGCUCCUGACGGCCACAAUUUACAAAGCAGCAGCAGCGGCAAUCCCAGCAGGAAGAGAAACGUGGUGAGCAACGAGCGGGGUGAGCUCGCUCAGCGGCCGGCCGCCGAGUGGGACAGCAGCGCCCCCAAAAGGCUGAAACAGUCCACUUCAGACCACAGUUCCGAGGCGUCGACGUCAAGCUGCAUCAUCCUCUGAGAGAUUCCCAAAUCUGGACGGAAUUCCGCAUGUGUAUGUAUGUGUGUGAUGACCCCGGAUCCUUCAGUGGAAGUCUGAGAGUUUCGCUUCAGACUUUUAG